CUCCAAACGUCUGUGGAUAUUUUCAGCUCGGACGAAUUGCUUCAUAGACCACAAAAAUGCUGCCGCCACGAUUGAUAAAACUGGUAUUCGUUCUAUGUCUUCUCGUAGCCAUUUUCUUCUCACAAACAGACAGUGCACAAGCCAAUACACGCCGGAGAUUGCGUCGACCGACCGGAAGUCCAGCCAUUGUCCGCACAGCCACGUCCAGCACGACACGUGCAAAUGCUGUAGCUGACAAGGCGCAGGAUCGUUCGGAUCAAGUUCCGGCGCCAUCGGUGAAUAGGUUCCGCGUGCGCCACAAGAAUCGCAUCGCCGUGGGCGCGGCAAGUGCUGCAGUCGCGGGAGCAGCGUCAACGGCUGUGAUCACGAGCAAGAGUGCCGGCGUGGACAAGGAUGGCUACAAGAUCGUGUGCUACUACACAAAUUGGUCGCAAUAUCGCACGAAGAUCGGCAAAUACCUGCCCGAGGACAUUCCCGCCGAUCUCUGUACGCACAUCAUUUUCGCAUUCGGGUGGCUCAAGAAGGGCAAAUUGAGCUCCUUUGAGAGCAAUGAUGAGACCAAAGACGGCACACCGGGCCUGUACGCGCGCAUCACAAACCUCAAGAAGGCCAAUCCCAAGUUGAAGGUGCUCCUGGCCAUCGGUGGGUGGUCCUUUGGCACACAGAAGUUCAAGGACAUGUCAGCUUCGCGCUACGCCAGGCAGACCUUCAUCUACUCCGCCAUUCCCUUCCUCAGGCAGAGAGCCUUCGAUGGUCUGGACAUGGAUUGGGAGUAUCCUAAGGGCACCGAUGACAAGAAGAACUUCGUUCUGCUGCUGAAAGAACUGAAGGAGGCAUUCGACGCCGAAGCUCAGGAGAUCCGAAAACCCAGACUCUUGCUGACUGCCGCCGUUCCUGUGGGUCCGGACAACGUUCGCGGAGGCUACGAUGUGCCGGCUGUCGCCAGCUACUUAGAUUUCAUCAAUCUCAUGGCGUACGAUUUCCACGGAAAGUGGGAACGCGAGACAGGACACAACGCCCCACUCUACGCCCCGUCCAGCGACUCUGAGUGGAGGAAGCAGUUGUCGGUGGAUCACGCAGCCGGACUGUGGGUGAAACUGGGAGCGCCCAAGGAGAAGCUUGUGAUCGGAAUGGCCACCUACGGACGCACCUUCACCCUGGCGAACACCGCUAAGCACGGCGUCAAUGCUCCGGCGAGUGGCGGCGGAAAGGCGGGCGACUACACGAAGGAAGCCGGCUUCCUGGCCUACUACGAGAUCUGCGAAAUGCUCCUCAACGGUGCCAUCUACGUGUGGGACGAUGAGAUGAAGGUGCCCUACCUGGUCAGCGGUGAUCAGUGGGUCGGCUUCGACGAUGAGCGCUCCAUCCGGAACAAGAUGACAUGGAUCAAGACAGGCGGAUACGGCGGAGCCAUGGUAUGGACUGUGGACAUGGAUGAUUUCUCAGGUAACAUUUGCGGCGGAAAGGUGAAAUAUCCCCUGAUCUCGGCCAUGCGAGAGGAACUCCGAGGUGUCAAGCGUGCCAAAGACGAAAAGGAUGUCGACUGGAGCAAGAUUGCUGCCACAUUCGAUGACGAGCCAGUGGAACAGCCGAAGCCUCAGGCAAUUAAGAUUCCCGUGUCUGAGUUGCUGGACAAAGUGAGGAAGCCAUCGAAGAUCAACAAGAUCAAGCAUGGAUUAGCUACAAUCGACAAGCACUCUCGUCCUGCUCAAGUUUUCUGCUACCUAACCAGUUGGUCAGCCAAGCGACCAGGAGCCGGAAAGUUCGAACCCAAGGAUGUUGACGCCAAGCUUUGCACUCAUCUCGUCUACGCCUUCGCCACUCUUAAGGAUCACAAACUCAGCGAAGCCAGUGACGAUGAUCCCGACAUGUACGAUCAGGUUAUUGCCUUGAGGGAGAAAAAUCCUGAGCUACAAAUACUGCUGGCAAUCGGAGGAUGGGCUUUCGGCUCCACACCAUUCAAGGAGCUCACAUCUAACGUCUUCCGCAUGAAUCAGUUCGUCUACGAAGCCAUAGAGUUCCUGCGCGAGUACCAAUUCAAUGGCCUCGAUGUGGACUGGGAAUAUCCUCGAGGAGCCGAUGAUAGGGUAGCGUACGUGAACCUGCUCAAAGAACUGAGAGUCGCCUUUGAGGGCGAAGCUAAGACAUCUGGACAGCCACGAUUGCUCCUCACGGCCGCCGUGCCAGCGUCGUUCGAGGCCAUCGCCGCGGGAUACGAUGUCCCUGAGAUCUCCAAGUAUCUGGACUACAUCAACGUCAUGACGUACGAUUUCCACGGACAAUGGGAACGCCAAGUGGGCCACAACUCCCCUCUCUAUCCCCUGGAUUCUGCCACUGGCUACCAGAAGAAGCUCACCGUGGACUUCAGUGCCCGAGAGUGGGUGAAACAGGGGGCGCCGAAGGAGAAACUCCUGAUUGGAAUGCCCACCUAUGGUCGCACCUUCACCCUCGUGAACAACACACAGUUCGAUAUCGGAGCUCCUGCCAGUGGCGGAGGAAAUCCAGGGAAGUUCACGAGCGAGGCUGGAUUCCUCAGUUACUACGAGAUCUGCGCCUUCUUGGCUGGAAGCAACACAACUCUCGUCUGGGAUUCCGAGCAGCAAGUGCCAUUUGCCUACCGUAAAGAUCAAUGGGUCGGAUUCGACGAUGAGAGGUCCUUGAAGACAAAGAUGCAAUGGCUGAAGGAGCAAGGAUUCGGUGGCAUCAUGGUUUGGUCUGUGGACAUGGAUGACUUCUCGGGCAAAUGCGGCAGUGGACGGUAUCCUCUGCUGUCGGCACUCAACACCGAACUGAAGGACUACAAAGUCCCUCUAGAGUACGACGGUCCGUUCGAGUCUCACGGGCCUCGCGGAGCCUACACAACGAAAGAUCCCAACGAAGUGACUUGCGCCGAGGAGGAUGGUCACAUCAGCUACCACCGUGACAACAACGACUGCACGCAUUACUACAUGUGUGAGGGCGAGAGGAAGCAUCACAUGCCAUGUCCAGCCAAUCUGGUGUUCAACCCCUCGGAGAACGUGUGCGACUGGCCAGAGAAUGUGGAAGGGUGCCAAGAGCACACGCAGGCUCCUCCAGCAAAGUAGUCAACUGAGGGUCCUAACUCGAGAAUCAUCUCUCACACCCACGAGCUUAAGAUUAAAAGCUACAAUAUACUUAAGUUUAAGUACUCCUCCACCUUCGACCAAUCACGCCACGAGGAUUUCUUUCCAAAUGGUUCUUCCCUUUGAGUAUAAAUCUAACAUCACGAUUGAGAUUCAUCCAGCUGAUGCCGCCCCGCAAAAACUGCCCGGAUGUAAUUUAUUUUUUUUUGUAGAGAAAGAAAAAAAAACCUAUACAUUAUACAGAACCUGCCUAAUGUGCUUCGUAUUUGAUUUUUUUAUACCUUUCUAUCAUGUAUUACUUCUAAGUUAUUUUAUUAACUCUGCCUAGAUGUAGGAUGAGAAAAUCCGAUAAGUUGAAAGAGUGACUAAAAGAGAAAAUUGUGUACUUCCGCCUUGAUCGAUGAUUUUGAGCCACUGCUGAUUAAUUAGCAAUUGCAUUUCAAAUUUCUGUGCUCUUUGACUAACAAAAGCUCAAAUAUUAAUGUUAGAAUCUGUGAUAAUUUCAAGUCUUUCUGUUCUUUUUUUUCCAAAUUCACCUCCUAUUGUUGCGCUAAUCUGACGAUGUCACUACACUUUAAAACACUCUCACCGGCUAAACAUGCGAGAAAAUUCUUCGAUAGUAAAAAGGGAAUGCCAAGCAGGGAUUGGAAGUAUACAUUGAAAUUAUUGAAAAGAAUCCAAUAAUGUAUAUUUGAAGUAUUUUACGAGGUUGUGUAAGUGAAAAUAAUGUAUAAAACGUUACAAAUUAUUAUAUUUGACAAAUAAAAUGUUAAUAAGACAAAU